UCUUCACAAAUCUAACGAUUCUUAUUUUUGUCUUUGGAUCUCUUUUCUUCUUUGCGGUUCCUGCAAGAACAGAUUUGGAGAAGAGAAAGCGAUACACAAUGGGCAAAUCCGCAUCGUCCUCAAAGCAAAUUAAACGCUCUAAAGAUUCCUCUAAGUUGCGAUCGGUGAAGAAGAAGAAGAAGACGAAGAGAAACAAAUCAAAGAAGAUUCGUCGGAUUAAAGACUACUCAGAUGAGAGUGAAUCAAGCGGUUCAGAUUCUUCUUUGUAUUCUUCUAGUUCAGAAGAUGAUCACAGGAGAGAGAAGCGUCGGUCUAAAGUAAGCAAGAAGAAGAGGUCACGGAAGAGGUAUUCUAGUAGCGAAAGUGACGAUGAUGAUGAUGAUGAUAUUCGUCAUUUAAAGAAAAAGAAAAGGUCUAAGAGGAAAGACGAACAUGUAGGGACAAAGAAGAAGAAGAAGAAGAAGAGAGCUGUCUCAAGAAAGAGACGUAAGAGAGAUUCAAGUUCAAGUUACACUAGUAGUGAUUCGUACUCAACUCGGGAUAGCGAUGAUGGUAGUGAGAGUGAUGGGAAGAGAAGAGCUAGGAACAGAGGAAGACUUGGUAAGCUUAAGGAUUUGCGGAGAAGAAGUAAAGAUGGGUUAGAGGAAGAAAGUGAACCUGAUGAAUGCUGGCAAGUGGAAGAUGAAGUUACGACUGAGAAGAACUCUCGAAGGCUUAAAUCGAUUAUUGUUGUGUCAUAUGCUUAUGAUAAUGAUGAUAGAAAGGAGGACUUUGGGGGUGGCCAUGAUGGUGAAUCUGAUGAGAGAGAUGGUGAAGCUAGAAUCUCUUAUCAUAGAACUCGUGGUGAUGAAAAUGGUCUUGAAAGUGCUCGCUUUGAUGAAUUUGAGGAUGAUAUCAGAUCAGAAACCAGUAAAGCUUCUUAUCCAGACAAUAGUUUGAAGGAUGAUGACCUGGAAGCCAUUCUAAAGAAAAGAGCAUUAGAGAAUUUAAAAAGAUUUCGUGGAGAGACCCAAAAGAAUGGAAUAUCAAGAAAAGAAGUGUCUUCUGUUUCAGAAGGAGAAGAAACUCUGCAAACUGAAUCUGGAAAAGUUGAAGAGUCACAAGACGAUGGUCUCAUGGAGCAGAAGCUCUGUGUUUCUGCGGAAGGCAAAGAUCUUGAGUCUUCACAAAAGAUUUUACAAGUUGUUAGUGUCAACGAACCUGGAACAGGGUUGGCUGAUUUUGCCUCUCAACAGGAUCAACAGGCCGGUGAUAGUGCCAAGGUUAAAUCUAGUUUCGGUGUUAGCUCUUGUACAACUAAACGAAAGUUGAUUAGACCGGUAUUGGGACAAGAAAGUGUAAGUCUGGCUAGCAGGAAAGAAGCCGCUAGUUGCCAAGAUGCUGAAGCAGAGAGCAUCAAUGGCAGUACCAUUGACAAGAAUUGUCUGGAAAGUUCUCUGGCUCUGGCAACAAAAAGUGGAGGUGAAAACAUAGAACCAACAAAAGUUAGCUCUUCUUCUCAUGCUGAGACUGAGCAAUCAGAUGAAAUCAAGAGAGGGUCUCAGUCAGAACAGAAAACAAUUGAUGAAACAAAAGAUGAGUCACAGUAUGAAAAGAAAACAAUGACUGUGAUGAGGGGUGGAGAACUGGUUCAGGUGAGUUACAAGGUCUACAUUCCUAAGAAGACUUCUUCUCUGGGAAGAAGACAACUCAGGAGGUGAAGCACCGAGAUGAAAAUAGUCUAUGUCGACAGAUUUUUGUUUUUUUGUAUUGUGUAGAAUCCAAACACAAUGGCUGUUUUAACAGUGCUACCAGAGUUGUUGACAACACAAAUUUUAAAUUAUCAUAGACUUGAAAUCUUUU